CCUCACACUCACUGUCAAGGGAAGGUGAUUCACACAUGAGUCAACAGCUAUCAGCUAUAUAAGCCUGAUCACUCAUGGAUCCUGAGUAUGACACAGUCUACACAUCUCAAAGAUAUUGCUGCACUGUUGCAGUGACAUAGAAGAAACAUGCAUUCUUCAGCUCUUCUCUACACAUGCAUUCUGAGCAUGCUCAGUCUCUCUCGUGGGGUUCCUAUCCGUUCAGAAAGUCUAAGAAACUUGGUCAAACUGCAGGCAGAGACCAUCAACGUGAGAAUCAAGGAACACAAUGAGAAGUUGAAUCUGUCUCCAAAACUCCUCAUCGGGGCCGAGCUUCACCCUGACGUUCCUGUUGAUAAACCCAUCCAAGGUCUGAGCUCCAUCGUGGACACUCUCACCACCUUCCAGAAUAUUCUUCACAGCUUGCCCAAGGGUCACUUGAGCCAGUUACACAGCGACGUGUCCACACUGCAGGGUUACCUGGAGGAUAAGAUGAAGUCUCUGCAAUGCACGUCCAAGAAGACAGUCAAUGAGAAGUCUCUGGAAGCUUUUUUAGAGGACAACGCCACCCACCCCGUCACCGCUGGCUACAUGACUUUAGACAGGCUGCAAAAAUUCAUGCAGUGGCUCACUGUUAACCUGGACCAGCUAAAGACCUGCUAAUUACUUGUCUUUAUUUGCCAUUAUUGUAGUAUUCUAGUAUACUAUUUAUUAUAUUUAUUUGAAACACUAUAUAUUUAUAAACCAAAGCAGUAUUUUGGCACAAUUUGUAUGAAUUUAAAAUGUAUUCCUAAGGUACUUCCCUGCUAUCAAAGCUAUAAACUAGUUUAUUUUUCUUUCCUCGUUGGUAACAGUGUUGUGUGUAAUCUGAUUACAAAGUAAUUAGUUACUGUAAUCAAAUUAGUUUUUAUCAAAAAGUAGUGCAAUGCGACUUAGAAUAAUCGCAUUACUAAUUACUUUAUAAAAGAAAAUAAUUGGUGAGGUAAUCUAAUUACAAUUUUAGAGAAGUUUUUAGUCAAUUUUGGGUGUGAGAACGGCACAUUGUAAAUAAAAUGUAUAAUUAUUAGUAUUAUUUUUUUUUUGGAUUUUCUCCUUUUUCUCCCCAAUUUGGAAUGCCCAAAUCCCAAUGCGCUCUAAGUCUUCGUGGUGGCGUAGUGAUUCACCUCAAUCCGGGUGGCGGAGAACGAAUCUCAGUUGCCUCCGCGUCUGAGACCGUCAAUCCGCGCAUCUUAUCACGUGACUUGUUGAGCGCGUUACUGCGGAGACGUAGCACGUGUGGAGGCUUCACGCUAUUCUCUGCGGCAACUCACCACGUGCCACACCGAGAGCGAGAACCACAUUAUAGCGACCACGAGGAGGUUACCCCAUGUGACUCUACCCUCCCUAGCAACCGGGCCAAUUUGGUUGCUUAGGAGACCUGGCUGGAGUCACUCAGCACACCAUAAAAUAUAUUAUUUAAAAUGUAAUAUUAGAUUACUUUUUGAGUAACUUUUUUAGUAAAACUACUACAUUUUGUUAGAUUUCUCUGAAAACAAGAAAAUAUCUUGUCAUUUUGCUUCUCAAGUAAAUUUAUCUUGUUUCAAGAAUGUUUAGAUUUUUUACCAAAUAAUAAGACGGAAAUACUAUUUUUUUGCUGUAUUUCCCUUGAAACGGUAGGGAUUUCAAUGUGGCUUGACACAUCACAGACAACACAAUCACAAGAAUAAAGGGUACUUCCAACGGCCUGUCCUCUCUAUGUAAACAAGCGCGAGUACACACAGGUGUCCUUUUUUGGGCUCUGUUUGCAUGAUGACAUCAGCACUUGCUGAGCAUGUUUGAUGAUGAUGUCACACAGUCUUACCAGAAGAGGUCAGUCAGAGUCUGCUGGGAAGCUCGGGUCAUUUCCAAAUUUAAGUCUUGCUGCAACACCAGAAGGGGUCCAAAUGUCUGGUACCACUAGUGAAAAUAUUUUCCAAUCGCUCAAGUUAAAAAUGAUAUUAUCAGCAUGACAAUUUAAGUGUGAUCUUGAAGCUUUACGUGCAUUUCAGAAUCUCUUGGUUGCUGUAAUGACAGCAUGCACUCGAGCUGUGAUUAGACCUGGAAAUAGUGCAUUUUACGUUGCAUUUCUUUUCAAAAUUCUAAAACUUCUACUUCCAGGUGUACAUUAUAUUUUGAAUCCCAGAUAUUUAAUGUGUUCUUAGACUUGUACCACAUUGUACAUAAUAUUUUACUACACAGUAUAAUUCUAUGCACUUUGUAUAUCCUGUGAAUAGUUUUGUAUUUUAUGACUGAUAUUUUACUGUUUACUGUUACCAAUAAAGAAAAGUUUUUAAAUUUCAAUGGGUAUUUAGUUUUACUGUAGUAUUGCAGUCUAAAUGGCAAUGCAG